AUGUCAGGAGCUAUCUUCACGCCCCUGGAGGGCCCAAGCUCCCUGGACGCCACAAGCGGCCACCCGCUGGUGUGCCCGCUGUGCCACGCACAGUUUGAGCGCCCGUGCCUGCUGGACUGCUUCCACAACUUCUGCGCCAACUGCCUGCGUGGCCGCGCAGCAGAUGGCCGCCUCACCUGCCCAAUAUGCCAACACCAAACCGUGAUGAAGGGUCCCAGUGGCCUCCCGCCAGUGGACCGGCUGCUGCAGUUCCUGGUAGACAGCUCCCGGGAUGGCGUGGAGGCAGUGCACUGUGCCAACUGUGACCUGGAGUGCAGCCAGCAGGACGCGGAGACCCUGUGCUUCUGCAACACCUGCGGGCAGCCCCUGUGCGCGCGCUGCCGCGACGAGACGCACCGGGCGCGCAUGUUCGCGUGCCACGACAUCGUGGCCCUGGGCCAGCGCAGCCGCGACGUGCUCCAGAAGUGCAAGCUGCAUGCGGAGCCCUACCUCAUGUUCUCCACGGACAAGAAGUCGCUGCUGUGCAUCCGCUGCUUCCGGGACAUGCAGGGGGAGAGCCGGGCCCACUGCGUGGACCUGGAGUCGGCUUAUGUGCAGGGCUGCAAGCGACUGGAGCAGGCAGUGCUGGCCGUGAAGGCCCUGCAGACGGCCACACGGGAGGCCAUCUCGCUGCUGCAGACCAUGGUGGAGGAGGUGCAGCGCAGCGCAGCCGAGGAGGAGGCCGCCAUCCACGCGCUCUUCAGCAGCAUGCAGGACAAGCUGGCAGAGAGGAAAGUGCUGCUGCUGCAGGCUGUGCAGAGCCAGUACGAGGAGAAGGACAAGGCCUUCAAGGAGCAGCUCUCCCACUUAGCCACCUUGCUGCCCACACUGCAGGUUCACCUGGUCAUCUGCUCUUCCUUCCUCAGCCUGGCCAGCAAGGCCGAGUUCCUGGACCUGGGCUAUGAGCUGCUGGAGAGGCUACAGGGCAUCGUCACACAGCCGCACCGCCUGAGGCCAGCACAGAGCAGCAAGAUCGCCAGCGACCACCACGCUGAGUUCGCACGUUGUCUGGAGCCGCUGCUGCUGCUGGGGCCCCGUCCUGGGGUCAUCGCAGAUGGUGCCAACUCGCUGGCAGGAGGCUCAGGCCCCAAGGCGCUGAUGGGGCCCUGCUGCCCGUCCCCAGUGGGAAAGAUGUUGGUGUCUCCAGUCCAGAAGCCCAUGCCAUACCCGUCCAUGAGCACCAAGGUGCUGCUGGCUGAAGGCGAAGACACGCCCUUCACAGAGCACUGCCACCACUUUGAGGACUCCUACCGGCACCUGCAGGUGGAGAUGAGGAACCUGAAGGACCAGGUGCAGGAGCUGCACAGGGACCUCACCAAGCACCACUCGCUCAUCAAGGCCGAGAUCAUGGGGGACAUCCUGCACAAGACCCUGCAGCUGGACGCCAGGAUCGCCUCAGAGUACGCCUCCACGGAGUGCAUGAGAGCAGUCUUCCAGGAGAUUUGGGAGGAAUCCUAUCAGCGUGUGGCUGACGAGCGGGAGAUUUAUGAAGCCCAGCUUCAUGACCUUCUCCAGCUGAAGCAGGAGAAUGCCCACCUGACCGCCAUCACCAAGCAGAUCAUACCCUAUGUCCAAUCCAUUGCCAAGGUGAAGGAGCGGCUGGAGCCCAGAUUUCAGGAACCCAUGGACGAACAAUCAGAGAACCUACAAAACAUGUCUGAUGACGGCAGGAACGGGGAGGCCCAUGCCCGGAAUGACCCCGGAAGUGUCCCAGAAAGAGAGGAGACAUCAGAGCCUAAAGGAAACAGCUGGACUCUGAACAACCUGUCAGAAGAGCUGCCACUGAAAAAUAAGGAUUAUCACAGACCCAAGCAGAAAAAUGGGAGUGACAGCCCCACACCCAGAAAACACCCAACUUAGCAAAUACAACCAGUCCCAAGUGGUCAGUUUUCACAGCACGUACAAUAAAAAGGUUAGGCAGCACCUGUGGCUCAAAGGGGUAGGGCGCCAGCCCCAUAUGCCGGAGGUGGCGGGUUCAAACCCAGCCCCAGCCAAAAACUGCAAAAAAAAAAAAAAAAAAAAAAACAAAGAUAAAUAAAAAGGCUGGGACACUUAAGAAAAGGUUGUUCAGUUAUGCUUAUUUCUUU